AACAUGUAUGUGUGUAAGUGAUAAAACUAAUUGGACGUGUAUGUGUGUUAGUAAUGAAACUAAUUGAACGUGUAUGUGUGUAAGUGAUAAAACUAAUUGGACGUUUCUUUAUUAGAGUCACUGCCAGUAAGCAACCAGAUAAUUGAAGAUGCUAUAUAUAUGUUAUAUCUACUGAAUCGAUUGAACAGUGGCUGUUUAUAUUUUUUUGUAAUAGACACAAGAAACCAAACUUUCAAAAAUAAGCCAAUUAGAAUUCGUGGUUGUUUUCACAUUGGGUGAUGAUCCUUGAGGUGAUCUUAUUCCUUGAAAUAGGAUUCAUCCCAUAUGAACAUUAAGUUAGAUUGUUUUAAAACGAUUUUGAAUAUGGAAAUCAACAAGUCACGUGACAACAACAACAACAACCAAUAUAAAGUCGUAGUGGUAUCAGAAGUAGAUUUAGACCGUUGUUGUUUGUCGUCACGUAGAUAAGUGAACAUAGAGGGCAGUAGCAAAAGCUGCCACAGGCAACAAUAUGCAACAUAAUGAAGCAGGAUCUCGUCUAGAAGUCAUGUAUACACAAAUUGUUUUCACGACAUGUACAUUCAACCAUCUCAUACCUCAAGCCGCUAAGAAUAAAACAGUAUUCAUGCUAUUCCAUAUAAAGAUAUAUCAGUCAAGUUGUAUGUGGAGUUUUUUGCAAUUGAACCGUUGAAAAGUGCACUGGGAAAUCACCAUGCAGGUAUACUAGAUGGAUAAUGGAAAGAAAUCGUCGAGGAGUGGUAUGUUUUGGACAUGACAGCCUUAUGACAAGGUCUUUUGCAGAGAUAUCCCUAUGCUGUAGGACUGUUUUGAAGAUACACCUUAUAAGACAGAGCAUGAAAAACCGUGGCAACGUGGAAGGUAACGACGUGGUGAGGCUCUAAGACGUUUUAAUAUAACAUGUUCAACCUCUGUGUCUGUAUUAUAAAACCCUUGUAUCUAGCUGAGUCGAGGGUGAAUUAUAUUAUGUUCGUUGGCCUUAACCUUAACGACUAUAUGUUAGCCAUAAGCACAUGAUCGUUAAUAUCUUUAUAACCCUAUGUUCAUGACAGUAAAAAAUACACAGGAUAAAAAAUGUUGGUCAGUCGCAUAAAAAAAUGAUGAAACCCUAAGGCUUUUGACUGAUGGAGCCCCUGUGUUUUUCAGGGAUAAAGGAGGGGGGGGGUAAAUGAAUGUCCACACUUUACACUCCUCUUCAAGAACAGGAAGAAAGUCCAGUUGAUCAGCUGAGGGCCAUAGUCACGUGGUGUGGAUCGCUUUACAUGUCACGUACUUAUAUGUACGUUUAUGUUUAGAGCAAAGUCACAUUGGACUAUCUGCUGUGUCCACCACGGGAAAGCAAACCCAGUAUUUUAACGUCGUAAAUCCGCUGUUCCACUGGUAGAGGAAGUAUAAACAUGUUUCGUAUUAUUUGAGUGCCCAAUAGAUUUGGUACUGUGGGACAAGAGAUGAAUUUCCUAGAACGUCCAUACGAUACGGAUGAUUACCUUAUGGAAUGAGGUACCAUCUGCAGUAGUGGAGGCUGACACCUUACAAGAGUUUAAGAGGGGGACUGAUGGUUUCUUGAAAAGUAAAUGGCUUCACAUAGUCAGACUACUGGUUUCUCAGCAUACCAGCCUACAUCACCUUGUCGUCCUCAUCCUGUUUCCCCACCAGCACAUGUGCAUCCAUAUAGCUCUCCUGCUUGUCAUACGCUUCAUUCUGGAGUCCAUUAUGGUGCUACACCACAGAUUUCUUUAUAUGGAGCCACUCAGAGCCCUUAUGGACCUGUGAGUCAAGACUUAUAUGGAGGUCGUCAUUCUUUAUACAGUACCAGUGUCCAUAGUUUGCAGCAAACCAAAUCAGCUUGGCAAGACUCAGGCAUGAUGCAGUCAUACAGUCGAUCAGCUUCCAAGUCUCCAGCCAUGAACACGUCUCCACAUAUGCCGCCACCUUCUAUGAAGUCAUCUUCACAUGCUCUUAGUAUUUCUGGACCACAUCUUACUGCUCCUUGUCAUUUCAGACAAAUGACCAUAGGAUCGUCACCUAGCCCAUCAUCACAUACUUGGAACCAGUCUCAGAUACCUAGUCCUGGAGUUCGUUCAUCUCCCAGAACCACUCCAUCACCUCUAGCUGUCAAUUCUUGUUCUCCUGUGAAUGGUCAGCCUUUCUCUCCUACUUCUUCAGGUCACUCUCCUCACCACCUAAUAUCUCACCUGCAGCCUCAAAAUUCAACUCCACCUCCUCCAAAAGGGGGCUGCUCCACCCCAAAUGAACAGCCAUUGUGUAACAGAUCUAAUGAACAAGUGGUAAGCUCCAAUCCCUUACAAUCCCUUCAGAAAAUGGUAAUGCUGGACAAUGACUCUGUGAGCUCGUCUAUCAGUAGAGCCAGUUAUGAUAUGGCCAAUAGUCAGCCUACUAUUUCUGUUACCACCAGGUCUGGUUCCUAUUUCUCUUCAGUAGAACAGUUGGCUGGCUGUGAACCUGGGUCCCCAUUUCCCACUUACUAUAACCUGGAUCAAAACAGGUUGUCUACUCCUCCUCAUCCAGUAAGCUCCAUGGCUAUCACUUCUUCCUAUCCCUUGAGGCUGAGAACAGCUUCUCCUGUUUCUCAGCAAGCACUUAUUGAAAGUUUGAAUCCAAAUGACUCAUCUUUAGAGACUCCAAUCAAUGGUGCAUCACAGUCAACAAGUUCCAAUGUAAGUCAUCCUCCUGGGCAUGUGUCUUUAAGUAGUUUAGAAAACGAAAGCCAACAAUAUGAUCAAAACGAUCAAGGUUUUAUUGACUGUGAAAAUACAGCCGUAUUAGAGCAUCAAGGGGACUCAUGUUUAAAUUGUGGAAAAAAUGGAUACAGUGAUAUUGAGUUAACCUUUAAUUCUGAGAAUCAACGUUUUGAUAAGCAAGGAUGUGGUAAAGACUUAAAAUCUGAAAUAGUGACUCUAGGACCAAAAGAAAAUAUGGAUGAUAGACGUUUUGAAAGUCUACAAGGAAAGAAGAACAUUAGAUUCAGAGAAGAUGAAUUUGCUAGUGGUGAGUUGGAAGUUAGUGUUGAUGAUUUUAAACAGUCAUCUCUACUCCCUACAUGUCCUAGGUGGAACAAAAUCUUUGAUGCUUAUGACAGUCACUGUAAUUCAAAUGAAAAGCAUCAUUUUCAUGGUAAUGGAGAUGCUAUUGGUCUACACGUUAACCAAAGUCCGAGAAGACAGAGAAGUACAACAGAAUUUUUGGACAAGAAUGUUUUAGAUGACCAUAAUGGUACAACAAAACAAAGCUCAUCCAGAAACUCGACUGGAAGAGGACGUGGACGUGGCAAGAAAUCUAGUGGAGGGGGAAAUGUUGAUAGUUUUGCAAGUGAUAGCAUUUAUCGAUUAUAUCAGACUUCUUCACUGAAUGUUGAAAACAGGCCUGCGGAAGUAUGGCAUGCUCAGAUUCAGCAGACUUAUCCUACAUCUGUCUAUCAGACCAGGGAGGCAGGUUUUUACUCUGGUAACAGUCCAAUUACUUCUGAUUGUCAUGGAGUGCAGAGUUCAGCACUUCACGGUAUUCUAACGCUUCAACUUCUCAUUUAUUGGGUCCUCAUUUUCCUUCAACUACAGAUGCUUCUCUCACACAUGAUGAUUCUCUUUUGUUUCCUCCUAAGAAGAAGAGAGGUCGUCCUUUUGGUAGUAAAAACAAGCCCAAACCGCCAGGGAUGGAAAUUAAACGAAAACCAAAAUAUAAGAAGAAAACAGAAAUUUAUUUACCUGAAAUGGAACCGGAUACCAAGACAAAGGUUAGAAGUUUUAAUGGUCCUUACAUUCAUAUUAUGGGGACCAAGGAAAGACCUCUGUCUGUUGAAGUUGUUAACAUUCUACUAGGAGAGGAAAUGAAGCAGGUGAAGAAUGUUAAACAGAAAAGACAAGUUCUGGAUAGCAAUAUUCGUAAGAAACUGCAGUUUGGACACAUUAGUACCUUGUCACCCAUGUAUAAUGCUAAUACAAAGGACAGAACCUGGGUUUGUGUCCUCUGCUUUUGGGGGAGCCACAGUCGGGGGUUGGGUGAUCUCUUCGGACCAUAUUACUUAAAUGAGUAUCAGAUACUAUCCAAUGAUGAAGCCUCCACUUCAGGGACAGUUACACCAGCCUCUGUUACUCCUGAUCCACGGGAUGACAUGGAGAUGAAGGCAGCUCUGACUCAAAGUGUGCAAGAAAAACAUAAAUGUUCUGAACAGGUAGAAUUAUCAAGAACAGAUAUCAACAAAAAAGUGAGUAUAACUGUAUAAGUUAAAUUACUUAGGUUUUGAUAAAUAUAUUUUAUAACAAUUUUUAUGAAUACAAACAUAAGCUCCCAAACAUAGUUAAGACAUAUUCCAAGGAUUUUGACAUUAAUGAAUACUAAUAUUAAAAUUUUAAGUUUCUGCUUUUAAUCUUUAUUACUAAUACCUCCACAAUAAAAUUUUGGUUGGUUGUUUGGUUGUUAUUAAGCACAAAGUAACCCAGUGGACUAUCUGUGCUCUGCCUGGUUUUUAGCAUUGUAAGCCUGCAGACUUACUGCUGAGCAACUGGGAGGGUUAUGUUUUCAUCUUGAACACAGCAGUCAUCAGAAAUGUUAAAAUAGGCAUUUUAAAAGUACCAAGUCGGAUUUUAUCACUUUUUUUAACAUUUAAAAAAUUUGGAUGUGUGUGCUCCUGAAUAUAACUAUCACAAUUUGAUGAAAGAACAUAUAAACAAGAUGAGACAAUCAUACUUUUUUAUGAUCAUGUGUUUUACAUUAACAAAUUUCAUAAUCUCAAAACAAAACUCUUUUUUAAAAAGUAUGUUACUUCUACAUUUGGUUUGGUAUAUAAACAAUAUGUAGAAACACAUAGCAACAUACCAAACUGCCAUGACAGCCAAUCAGAACUUUGCUGGAUGCAUUUCAUUGCCAGUAGCAUAGUUUAUAACAAAUUCACUCUAGUUGUUUUAAGUUGUAUUGCUAUUUCAACACUUAACUCGGGAUAUGCUAGUGCUACUCUUUAACAACUACUCUUAACAUGAAAAGAUCACUGCAUUUAUGAUUUGGAUUUGUUAACUGCUUGUUAGGGUUAGUUAUAAUAACAAUUUAUAUAUUGAAAAUAAUGAAAAAAUUAUAUAAUGUGUAACAACUGAAUAACAGUCAGUACAAUAUGUAAUGUGUAACAACUGAAUAUCAAUACAAUAUGUGAUGUGUAACAAAUCAAUAUCAAUACAAUAUGUGAUGUGUAACAACUGAAUAUCAAUACAAUAUGUGAUGUGUAACAACUGAAUAUCAAUACAAUAUGUGAUGUGUAACAAAUCAAUAUCAAUACAAUAUGUGAUGUGUAACAAAUCAAUAUCAGUGCAGUAUGUGUAGCAAUUGAAUAUCAGUACAGUAUGUAAUAUUUAACAACUGAAUAUCAGUACUGUAUGUGUAACAGCUGAAUAUCAGUACAGUAUGUAAUAU